AUGGAGGGCGGUGCGUGGUGCGCCCGCGACAUAUCACUGCGCGCGCAGAAAAAGUUCUUAUCGCGUGUCGGCGGCGCUGCCAGCGCACGCUCACUUGUGCUUGACGAGCACGCUGCUAAGCUCCUCGAUCAGUUUUUAACCGUUCUCCGCCAACGAAUAGAGAAGCGAGAGGCUGAAAAAUUGGUAAAGCACGUAAUCAAGGCGGCCGUGAAGUUGGGAGUUCUUCGUCGUCAUGGACAGUUAUCGCCGGCCGAUGACCGCGCUUUAGAUGCCUUCAGAUCUAAGUUCCAUACGGUGUUAAUGGCUAUAGUGUCAUUUUCGGAGGUGGAGUUUUCCUACGACCGAGGUUUUCUACAAGAUGCACUCCGUGACUCACACCAGUCGCUCAAAUCAGUAGUGGAGCGUCACUUGUCAGACAAGUCAGUAUCGCGCUUGGCUGGAAUCUUCGCGCUUGCCUCCCGAGAGGAUCUCUUAGACUCUCUCUUCGCUGGUCAAAUAGAUGAGGGAGUGCUCAAACUCACCAGAAUGCUCCGAAAAGAACUGGAUAAAGGCUGGCUUUAA